AUGAAGGCGAAGGCGAAGGCGAAGGCGAAGGCGAAGGCGAAGGCGAAGGCGAAGGCGAAGGCGAAGGCGAAGGCGAAGGCGAAGGCGAAGGCGAAGGCGAAGGCGAAGGCGAAGGCGAAGGCGAAGGCGAAGGCGAAGGCGAAGGCGAAGGCGAAGGCGAAGGCGAAGGCGAAGGCGAAGGCGAAGGCGAAGGCGAAGGCGAAGGCGAAGGCGAAGGCGAAGGCGAAGGCGAAGGCGAAGGCGAAGGCGAAGGCGAAGGCGAAGGCGAAGGCGAAGGCGAAGGCGAAGGCGAAGGCGAAGGCGAAGGCGAAGGCGAAGGCGAAGGCGAAGGCGAAGGCGAAGGCGAAGGCGAAGGCGAAGGCGAAGGCGAAGGCGAAGGCGAAGGCGAAGGCGAAGGCGAAGGCGAAGGCGAAUGCGAAGGCGAAGGCGAAGGCGAAGGCGAAGGCGAUAAAGAUAGAGAUAGAGAUAGAGAUAGAGAUAGAGAUAGAGAUAGAGAUAGAGAUAGAGAUAGAGAUAGAGACAGAGACAGAGACAGAGACAGAGACAGAGACAGAGACAGAGACAGAGACAGAGACAGAGACAGAGACAGAGACAGAGACAGAGACAGAGACAGAGACAGAGAUAGAGAUAGAGAUAGAGAUAGAGAUAGAGAUAGAGAUAGAGAUAGAGAUAGAGAUAGAGAUAGAGAUAGAGAUAGAGAUUGACGAUAGAGAUAGAGAUUGA